GAGAGCACUGACGUGGCGCAGAGCGCCAGAUUUGCUGUGCAGAAGAAAGCGUCGCUUUUGUGAUGUCACGCCACCCUGUGUUAUGGAGAGAAAAAAGACCACACGCCUCUGAAAGGUAGUGUUCUAGGGUUAGUAUUUGUCCAGAAUGUGGUCCUUUUGUACUGUCCAUGCUGGAGUGGAAAAUCAACAGCCGAGAACUUUGUAGAGGACUAUUUGUUCCGCGAAUGACUGCGAACUGGCAACACCCAUACAGACGGGCAUUUUCAGUUGUGGCUAGGUGCCAGUUUAGUUGGAUAGUUUGGGGGUAACUAGCCAAGCUGCCCCACUCUUUGGCCACUAGCCUACCUGGACCCAUUCGGACUCCGUGUGGCCCGCUAACUCGGAACCAUGGCCACACGUCUGACGGAUCUUUUGGGGAACACCCGAAUCAUCACUGGACUGCUGGCGAAUUUGUUGUCGUCCAUAUGCAUCGUUUUCAUCAACAAAUGGAUCUAUGUGCACUACGGAUUCCCCAACAUGACACUGACACUGGUACACUUCGUGGUGACAUGGCUGGGCUUGUGGGUUUGCCAGAGAAUGGACAUAUUCGCCCCCAAGAGCCUGCAGCCGUCUAAAAUAGUCCUCCUGGCUCUGAGCUUCUGUGGAUUUGUCGCCUUCACCAACCUGUCCCUCCAGAACAACACCAUCGGCACCUACCAGUUGGCCAAAGCCAUGACCACCCCAGUAAUAAUUGCCAUACAGACUGUGUAUUACAGGAAGACAUUUUCCACUAAAAUAAAGCUAACACUGGUUCCCAUCACGUUAGGAGUGAUGCUGAACUCCUACUAUGAUGUCCGAUUCAACCUCCUGGGCAUCGUGUUUGCCACGUUGGGUGUCCUGGUCACUUCACUCUACCAAGUGUGGGUGGGGGCGAAGCAGCACGAGUUGCAGGUGAACUCCAUGCAGCUGCUGUACUACCAGGCCCCCAUGUCCUCUGCCUUCCUGCUGCUCAUCGUGCCCUUCUUCGAGCCCCUCACCGGGGAGGGAGGCAUCUUCGGACCCUGGUCCCCGCAGGCCCUGCUGAUGGUGCUGCUCUCCGGACUGAUCGCCUUCUUAGUAAACCUCUCCAUCUACUGGAUCAUUGGAAAUACCUCAGCGGUCACCUACAACAUGUUUGGCCACUUUAAGUUCUGCAUCACCCUGCUGGGCGGGUACGUGCUGUUCCAGGACCCGUUGUCCCUCCACCAGGGCCUGGGCAUCGCCUGCACCCUGGUGGGCAUCCUGGCCUACACGCACUUCAAGCUGGCCGAGCAGGAGGAGGGCAAGAGCCGCCUCGCCCAGAGGCCAUAGGACCACCCGGACGCCAAUCAGUCAUCUUGCCAGCGCGUGAUUGGUCAGUGUCCAGGAAAGCUCAAGCCCCCCCUUUCCUCCUCCCAAGACUGUGACGUGAUUGGUCAGUGUGUACGGACGGAUCACUCCUGCCCCCUCCUCCUCUUCCUCCUCUUCCUCCCAAGAUUGUGGUUCAGUCUGGGGCGAUGAGUGGGGGUUAUGAGAAGAAGCACAAAGUGAAGGGGAAUGGGAUGAGGGCACAACUCAUGCUGGAUAAGUAGAAUGGACUAAUAAAGGCAGGUUAGGUGCAGAGCAUAGAAAGGUUUACAGGUGUAGUGGAUAACUUUAAAAAAUGAGUUUGUUUACCCAACUAAGUGGUACUCAAAUAUAACAACUCAUAAGAAUGUCGGUGGAGAAGAUGAUUUGGGAGAUUUUUGUCUGUACUGUGAUGCAUCAGUGCCAUCAUCAAAUCAGUGACUUUGCCCUGUUAUGAACAUUUUGUGUUGGAAAAGUGCAGUGUAGUGUUUCAUGUUGAGCAAACAAAAAUGGCUUCCAGCCCGAUGAACAAAUUAACUGUGAAGGAGCUGCAGACUGAGACACACUGGCUGCGAGUCAUCCUAGUUCCUCCUGUCCUUUUCCGAACCCUUUGGCCUCGUGAUGCAAUAAUGAUAACUUAGCAUUAUACGGCACCACCUUUCAAGGAAGCUUUACAAAAGGGGAUGGAGGUGAGGGCCCUACAACUGCCCUACACAGGCAGAGUGCAGGAGCUAUGCCAACGUUGAAACUGAAAGUGUUGGAUAUUGGGUUGGAUAUUGCAUUUGCUGAAUGUUUGGCAUGGCAAUAUCUCUAAAACGGGACACAUUUGGACCAUAAGGCUUUGCCACAAGAUAAAGGAGUUGUUUUGGUGUAAAUUCAAUUUUGACAAGAUGUGUUGUAACUGCACUUUGCCUUUGUAUAGCGGCAAAGGCCUCCGCCAGUAUGUUGGCGGCCAAUGAAGAGUUGGGGUUGAAGUGAUUGAAGGUUUUAUUUAAUAUCUUCAAAAAACAAAUCAGAAGUUGUCUCAUUUGCAAUCAGGGAAUUUAAUGGGGAGAAAUCCCCCAAAUACCGGUUUUGCUCUGCUUGACAGUUGAGAAACCUUAUUGAUUUCUCUCUGAAGGGGGGUGCAACACAGAGGAACAAGAUCAAAGGCCAAAGGAAAGGUUAGCAGGAACUAAAAUGAUUUGCAGACAAUGUUGCAAUUUUUGUGCAUCCCGUUUGUCUUAAUUCCUUGCUGCAGCAACAUUUUCAGUAGUUACAUUAUAUUUGUGGUGCUUUGCAUAAGCUGUUAUCAAAUGCACAAGAACAGAGGAACAUGGAAUAGGACACAUUAAACACUGCAGGCUAUUAAGGAUGCUACCCCUUCCCCUACAGAAUAACACAGUAUGGCUGCAAGACCACGAGUCGACUGCACUUUUAAUGCUGGACAUGUGUUCAGAGUGAGUGAGGGUUUUUUAAUUAUGUUUUUUUUUUUCAUAAAGCUUAACUCUACAAUAAAAGUAUUUUAUUGAAGAUGGACCUUUUUU